UAUUCUCUCACCAAUCUACACACAGUCUAACUGAAGUAGUUCGUUAAAAUGUUCAUCCUCAACCUCUUGUCGAUUUUCCUACCCCUAAUUACCGCGAUCAAAUUCGAUUUUUCCCUAAAUUAUCGUCUCGAAGACGAUCCGCGUCCCCGUCGAUUCCUCGCCGGCUCGAUAAUACCUGAAGAUUUAGAGAACGCGACGGAGAUAAGUUUAGAUCAAAAAGUGCCUAUUGUUUUGAGGAGUUUCGAUUUGAGUUUCGUUAAAAAUUUGAAGAAGCUUUCGAUGGACGAUUCGGGUAUAAACGAGAUCGAAAUCGGUAGUUUCAAACACUUGGACGGUCUGCGGUACUUGAAUAUCACUAACAACCCUCUCAAAGUAAUCAAAGAAGGUAUUUUUAACAAUAUGAAAGUGGAAGUGUUGAAUUUAUCACGUAAUAAAUUGACUACUAUCAAUCCCGGGGCGUUCGAUGAUAUGGAAAACUUACAGCGCGUAAUUCUCGAUUACAACGAACUAACUUCGUAUUCUAUUUGGUUCAAAAGUUGUUCAAAAUUAGUCGAAGUGUCGGUUCAAUAUAAUUUCAUCCAGUACCUUCCUCAAGGCGUUUUCCAGUAUUUGAAACAUCGAAAACUCAAAGCUAGAUUCAGUUUUAAUAAAAUCAAUACGAUUCACGAAGAUUUAUUCGACGUCGAAGAAUACGAUGAAUUAGAUAUUGAUCAUAACGAUUUAACAAAUUUCGAUAAAGAAAUUAGUAAAGUUGGUAUAUUAAAUUUGCAACAUAAUCAUAUCGAAUGUUUACCGGAAGAUUAUGCGAAGAAGGAAUUCAAGAAAGUGAAGACGGUUCGUUUAGAAGAUAAUCCGAUGAAUUGCAGUUGUCUUGGUUAUCUUAAAGCGAUGGCAAACGUGGUUGCUUCCGGAUGCGUUGAAAACGAACAUACAUCUAUUUAAUACUCUGUAUAAUUCUCGUAAUUCAAUAAAAUCUAAUUCCAU